AUGGGUGUUCCGUCAUUCUUUAGGUGGCUUUCACGGAAGUAUCCUAAGAUUAUUUCGCCUGUAAUUGAAGACGCGCCACAGGUUGUCGAUGGUGUUGCCCUGCCAAUUGAUUAUUCUGCCCCGAAUCCCAAUGGAGAACUGGAUAAUUUGUAUCUCGAUAUGAAUGGUAUUGUUCAUCCAUGCUCCCACCCUGAGAAUCGUCCCCCGCCAGAAACCGAAGAUGAUAUGCUUUUGGCGGUAUUUGAAUACACUAACAGAGUUUUAAACAUGGCCAGGCCGCGCAAAGUGCUCAUGAUAGCAGUUGAUGGAGUUGCGCCUCGCGCCAAAAUGAACCAGCAAAGAAGCCGUAGAUUCAGAAGUGCAAGGGAUGCCCAAAUUCAAAAUGAAGAGCGCGAGAGAGUUUUGCAAGAAAAGGAAGAUUUCGGUGAAGUCAUUGAUGAGAGCGUUAGAAAUAAAAGGACGUGGGAUAGUAACGCUAUCACUCCGGGAACGCCUUUUAUGGUCAAGCUUGCUGCCGCGCUUCGAUAUUGGACAAGUUUCAAGCUCGCUACCGACCCAGGUUGGAAGAAUUUGCAGGUAAUUAUCAGCGAUGCAACGGUUCCUGGAGAAGGAGAACAUAAAAUCAUGAACUUCAUUCGAAGUCAGAGAUUUGAUCCCCAGUACAACCCAAAUACGUCCCACUGCAUAUAUGGGCUUGAUGCCGAUCUAAUUUUUUUAGGACUGGCGACCCACGAGCCACAUUUCAAAAUUCUUCGAGAAGACGUCUUUGCCCAAGAUAAUCGUCGCAGACAGCGGGUUAAGGAUACUUUUAAUGUCACGGAUGAAGAAAAACAAAUGCUUGAACAACAAGACUCCGAAAAGCCAUUUCUUUGGUUACAUAUAAGUGUACUCCGUGAGUAUCUUAGCGCUGAGCUUUUCAUACCGCGUCUUUCGUUUGAGUUCGACCUGGAGAGGGCCAUUGAUGAUUGGGUGUUUAUGUGUUUUUUCUGCGGUAACGAUUUUCUACCGCAUUUGCCAUCUUUAGACGUGAGGGAAAACAGUAUAGAUACUUUGGUGGAAGUAUGGAGGAUAAUUUUACCGCAGCUGAGAACUUAUAUGACAUGCGAUGGAAUUUUGAACCUUGAGUGCGUUGAACUCUUGAUGAGUAACCUCGCGAGCAGAGAGCCGGAGAUUUUCAAGAGUCGCUACAAUCAGGAACUGCGCAAACAGGAGGCCGCAAAAAGAAGGAAACUGCUCAAGAAUAGUAAUGUUACACAGGGGAAAACUGAUAGGAACUUUACUGCUCCUCUUGAAAGUUUUCCUUUGUACGAUGUGAGUGGCAAUUCCGCAAAGAACUCAUUGAAUCUUUCAAACGCCGACUUUGUGAAAUACAGGAAGGAGAUGAAUUUGGCCAACGAGGGCAAUAAAACUUCCGCUGAAGUGUUGAAAAUGCAAAGCAUGCUGAAUGAAAACGGUGUUCAGUCUCAAGAAUCUCAAAUUUCUGUUGUCAGCGCCGCGAAUGAAGCUAAUUUUGAUGCUGCUGCUGCGAUGAAGCAGAAGCUGGAAUCUCAAAUUAUAAAGACAGAAGCAACAGACGACAAUAACGAGAAUGCUGCUUCCAAAGACAACGACGAGCUCAUUACGCCAGAGGCAGGAAACCAUGAAGAUGUCGUUGAGCGCUCAUUAAAAAGAAAGCUCGAAGAUUCAGCAGAUACCCCUAAUUCGGGCCUAGAAGGCGAAGAUGAUACCGGCAGUUUGGCCGGGGUACCUUUAGUACAUCCUAGCGGCGUAGUCAGUGGUGUAAUCGACACCGAUGAGGCUGUCAAGCUCUAUGAACCUGGAUUUCAUGAUCGUUACUAUAGAGCUAAAUUCGGAGUUUUCGGUAACGACGCUGACAAAUUAAGGAAAGACCUUGUUCGGUGUUAUGUUGAGGGGAUAUCAUGGGUGCUGCUGUACUACUAUCAAGGUUGUGCGUCCUGGAAUUGGUAUUAUCCUUACCACUACGCUCCUUUUGCAAGCGAUUUCAAGGACGUCAAAAAUUUGAAGAUUGAAUUUGAGGAGGGAGAACCAUUUUUGCCUUAUGAGCAAUUGAUGAGUGUCCUGCCCGCAGCGUCGGCUCAUAACUUGCCACCACUGUUCAAGAGUCUCAUGAGCGAACCAGACUCUGAAAUAAUAGAAUUCUACCCCGAGGAAUUCCCUAUCGACAUGAACGGGAAGAAAAUGUCAUGGCAGGGUAUAGCGUUGCUGCCAUUUAUUGAUGAACGCAAGUUGCUGAAAGUCGUUAGAGAUCAAUACCAAUACUUGAGUGCAGACGAACUUGCCCGUAACGUCAGGAAGGAUGAAGUUUUGCUUAUCAGCAAUAAAAAUGCGAACUAUGCAAAAUUCGCUACAAAUUUGUACGGCGAUACGCCCGUCGAGGUUGUGAAGUUUCAGCAUUUCGCCAGUGGUCUCUCGGGAGAAGCCUUUCGCGACGUGGAAGGUUUUGUGCUUAAUAGUAAGCUUUCGAGCCCCGUCAGCGGCGGUGGGCUGCCCGAUUUGAGUACUAAUCUGUUCAUGAAGGUUGGCUACAGAAUGCCCGAGAUAACAUGCCGGAGCAAGUCUGUGCUCUUGAAUGGGUUCAUACCAUCCCAGCCAAUGUUGACUCCUCAAGACCGCGACGCAGUCGUGCACCGCUACAGCCAGCGUUGGAACGCAGCAGACAUGAAAUACAACGUUGUUCCGGUGGGUCCGUGUGCAACCACGCAGUACCAGCCGCGGUUGGGUGGGUACAAAUCCUUCUUGUAUUUCCAGCAGGUGAACAUGCAGCCUCACAAUAACAUGCCGUCGCAGUACGCGAAUCGUCACGGACCGCCAGAGCGUAUGUCGCGAUUCAACAACCAUGGCAGUAACAAUUCGAGGUUUUCAAAUGCGCGGAACUACCAGACAAAUCGCGACCAACAAGGCGGUCGUUAUUCUCGCUAUUCUGGCUCUUCACGCCCACCGCCGCGGAAUUCGGGCUACAAUUGA